AUGCCCAAUGAUCCAGAAUAUAUUCGAAGAUUUCAACAAUUGAUGCAACGUUAUAUGACUUCACCACAAUUUGUAGCUUCCCGUCAACAAAUGGCUCAAUCAUAUUAUCCAACUUCUCUUUUCGGAUCUCCAAAUUCAUUCUAUACAAAUAUGCAACCUCCACUCAGCACAAGUCAAACAUCACCGACAUCACCGACAUCACCAACAUCACAAACACCACAAUCCGAACCUCCUGAAACAAGGUUUAGGGUACAACUUCAAACAUUAGAAGAAAUGGGAUUUGUAGAUCAGGCCGCAAACAUUAGAGCUUUACUUGCUUCAGGUGGAGACGUUAAUUCGGCGAUAGAAAUUUUAUUAAGUGGGGGGAUUUAA